AGGAAGAAGAAAUUAAAGAGGGUGGAUCACGGUUUUCGUUCGGCGCAUCGUCUUCCUCAUAAACGUAAAUUUCAGCUCUACAAUUAGGGUUCCUUUCCUUCUAUUACCAUAGCAGCUAUGUUCCAUGUUCUCAAUCCGUAAUUAAUUACGACGCCUCCACCGUUCCAUCGAAAUGGGAUCGUCGUCCUCGACUUUCCCGGUUAUCUGUCUUCUUCAUUCUGUCGUCGCAAUUACCAGCGGGACUCUUAUGAUGUUCUAUAUGAAGGAGAUUUACACGAUUGGCCAUGGGAUCGAAAUCGCCACUAAGUUAAUGGGCUCUACGCCACACGAUCAGCUCCUGAUUCGUACAUCCGAUUCGUUUUCCGGAUUGCUUCUCUUUGCAAUCGGUUUCCUUCUUUUCAUGGUUGCGUUCGUCAAGGACAGGGAAUUUCAAGGCUUUUUCGCCAAGGGCUGUACGGUGCUUCACGUCUCAAUGGCGAUGUGGAGAUUCUACUUCGAGCGGAGGGUGGAGGAUCUGGCUUGGGAUUGGCUAAGGCAGAUUGUUGGUGACAUUCUUCUUGCUCUAUCUUGGGUCUUCUUUCUUGUUUAUUCCUGGAGAGAAAAAUAUGAUUAGUUUCCCUAACUAAAUUGUCGAGUCUUUUCUUUUGAUUCCAAGUUACAAAUUGCAUUGAGAUUUUUCUGGGUUUGGGUAUCUGUUCAAAAUUGGGGAAAGAACGCUACUGAUUCAAACAUUCAUAUCGCAGAAAGGGGACAAUCCAUCCCACUUUCCCUUGUGUGUGUUGUGUCUUUUCUUCUUUUCAUUUCUUGUUGAUUGAACAACGUUUUUCAGCUUUAAAAACCACAAUCCUUUUUGUAAAUAUUAUGUGAUUAUUAAUAAGUCCAAUGAAAUAUAAGUCAUACUUGAUGCUUUGUUGUCGAGUUCAUUAGUAUAGUAAGUCAAAUGAAAUUUAAGUCAUACUUGAUGCUUUGUUGUCGAGUUCAUCGGUAUAGUGAAAGAUAAGAGCUGUGAUUGAUGGAAAGAAUUUAAUGAACUUCCGGGCCACUGAAUUGUCAUGAGAUAUGAUUAUUAACUUUGUGAUUCAAGAGCUGAAGUUCUGUAUUAAUCUGAUGUCUUAAGUUGAACGGAUUUGUUGUAGAAGCCGAUAUCACUGAUUCACUUGAUUUCGGUUGGAACUGGAAGACAAUAGGCAUACAUAUCAAGAGAAGUUGAAAGAUGGCAGUACUCUUUUCUUAGAUUCUUCUUGGCUCUGCCUUGCUUUUUAGUAGAACCCUUCUGUUUCAAAUUUCAAUGAAAUUGAUGAAGACGAUUGCUUUAGUGUCAUUAAUGCAUUUAGUUCUACUGGCUGUUGUGAA